AUGUGGCGGGUGCUGCAAGCGCUGUCCUGCCUGCACCACGCGCUCACCUCGCGGCUUCGCCUGCGCUUCGGCACCUGGAACUGGAUCUGGCGGCGCUGCUGUCGCGCGGCCUCUGCCGCGGUCCUAGCGCUGCUCGGCUUCACGCUCCGCAAGCCCCUGGCGGGAGGCCGGAACCGCCGGUUCCUGCGGCACCUGCGUGGGGGGCCGGGCCCGGCCGCCGCCCACCCCUGGCUGCGCUGGCGCGCGGACGGCGGGACCCUGGAGAAGCUGCCGGUGCACAUGGGCCUGGUGGUCACGGAGGGGCUGGAGCUCAGCUUCUCGGACAUCGCGAGCCUCGUGGUGUGGUGUAUGGCCGUGGGGAUCAUCUACAUUAGCGUCUACGACCACCAAGGAAUUUUCAAAAGAAAUAAUUCCAGAUUGAUGGAUGAAAUUUUAAAACAGCAGCAGGAACUUCUGGGCCUAGAUUGUUCCAAAUACGCAACAGAGUUCACAAAUAGUAAUGAAAAAGAUGAUCAAGUUUUAAAUUGCCAUUUGGCUGUGAAGGUGCUGUCCCCAGAAGAUGGAAAAGCAGAUGUUGUGAGAGCUGCUCAAGACUUCUGCCAGUUAGUAGCCAAGCAGCAAAAGAGAUCCACAGAUUUGGAUGUAGAUAUGUUAGACAGUUUACUUAGUUCAAGUGGUUUUCCUGAUCCUGAUUUAGUGUUGAAGUUUGGUCCUGUGGACAGCACAUUAGGCUUUCUUCCCUGGCAAAUCAGAUUGACUGAAAUUGUCUCUUUGCCUUCCCACCUAAACAUCAGCUAUGAGGACUUUUUCUCUGCCCUUGGUCAGUAUGCAGCCUGUGAACAGCUUCUGGGAGAGUAAUGAUCCCCGGUGUGCAAUUUGAUUUCAGGCUUUUGGAGAAAAGGAUUCAAGUGACUCUGAUGUUUACAAAGCACCUAUGAAACCCUGUAUACACCUAGUUCAUAUUGCUCAUAAUUUAUCAACACAAAAAAGUGUCUUACUUGAGAGUGAAUGACUGUGUGUGUAUCUGUGUGUGUGUGUGUGCGUGCAUAUGGAAAUAAACUUAUAAAUGGGGGAAUGUUGGAGAACGAAGUACACAAACCUGCAACUUGGAGCAGAUAGCAGCGAUGUUUUAGGAGCUGAGAUUUCAGAUGAAAAACUUCAGCCCAUGCCCCUUCCCUGUUUCUGUGGGGAGGGGAGGGAAUGAUUGGAGCUGUCUCAGUUGUCAUGUGGGGUUGAAGAAGGAAUACCUUUUGUUCAGUCUUUUUCUAGUGACCAAACUUUUAUUUUUAAGAAUAAUAUAUGGACUUGUUGAAUGGAAACAGUUUGAGGAGCUUCAGGGAAUGAAGUUGUUCAAAGCAUCCUCAUUAGGCACAGGGAAUACCUGUCUUCAGCUGUCCGUCCAUUUCAUUUCUUUAUUAGAAUUCAAGUAAUGUAACUUGAGAGUAUUGCUCUAGUGUCUGUUCUGAGGGGUAAAGAUCAUUUGAAAAAGAACUCAUACACUGAAGUACAGAAUUUAAAAUUUUAUUUAUUAAAUUCUUAAAUAUUGAUUUAGUCAAAUCAGUAAAGCAAAUGUUGUAAUCUUAAAAGUCAAGGUAAAAAAAUUUUCCAAAAAAAAAGAAAGUUAACUUUUGAUUUUUUAAAAUAAUAAUAUCCA